AUGUACAUCACUCUCUACUUCAUAGUCACCCGCCUCCCUGACUCUCUUAGCGCUGCAAAGGACCUCCUUCUCGCCCUUGACCCCACCGACCUCACUAUCGACCUGCUCGAGAAGCACCUCCUUGCAGCUGAGACUAGCAUACUAGCUGUAGGGGCUUCUCGUGGCACUCCUCGCACUCCCUUCUUUGAGGGGUGUUCGCCCUCCCCCCUGGUCCCCUCCGUCGCCUCUACUACAGCUGUUGACUCCCUUCGUGCUGAGGAGGUAGGAGCAGCAUCUGCCCCUAGUGGGAGGCGUCGUAGCGGCAGUGGCAGGGGAGGCAGAGGCAGUGGGGGUGGCAGAGGUGGAGGCGGUGGUGGGGGCGGUGGAGGCGGUGACCGCUCUAGUGAGACAUGCGGGAAGCUCCACACCCAGUACCGUUGCUUCUCUCGUCUUACCGACACCUUUCUCACAGAGUUUCCCGACGCGGCUAAGCUCCCCCGCUGGGCAGAGCUGCUUAGGCAGGGUGUGGACAUCUUUGCUCUUGAUUAUGAUGCUAUCCUUACUGCCAUGUAUGCAUUGACUGUUAGUGUUGAGAGUGACUCUUGCCUGUGUAUGCCGCCAGACCCAGGUAUAGAGGCUGCUGCUUUAGGUGCUAGUGAGUCUGCUGCUCUAGGUGGUGGUUAG